AUGUCUUUGAAAGAGCAAAAAGAACAGUUCGUCUCCAACCUCAAUGGCGGCCUGAUCGAGGAAAUUUACUUGGUAACAGGUGUAGCAUUAGCUGGCUACGUAUCACAUACAAUUUUCAAGAAGUACCUUCUUCCGAGCCUAGAAUGGGCUCUGCACGGCUCCCUCAUGUGGGAGUUCUUCUUUGAUGAGCUUUUGCUCCUUCAGGCGAUAACUGUGUUCAGUUCAAGGGUGGAUCGCGUGUAUCUUCACUCGUUGGGGCUCGCAUUGGUGAUCUUCGUUUAUGGAAUGGUGAAGAAGAGCGUGAAUAAGUCGAGUAAGCGUGAGUCUUCGAAAAAGACUGAACCUCCCAAAGAGUUCCUCCCCAUCAAGUCCUUCAUCACAGCGUAUAGAGCACAUAUGCUUGUCAUCACCAACUUGGCCAUUUUAGCUGUGGACUUCCACGCGUUUCCUCGAAGGUUUGCCAAGGUCGAAACCUGGGGUACCUCACUAAUGGAUCUUGGAGUGGGCUCUUUUGUGUUUUCCAUGGGAUUGGCCAAUUCUCGUGCCGUUAUUAAAAGGAAGCUUAUAGUUGACAACAAGGGCAUUUCUUACGGAAGAUUGCUUCUACACAACACCCUGAAGGCGUUACCAGUGCUUGCGUUAGGUUUGAUUCGACUCGUUAGCGUCAAAUCCUUAGAGUACCAAGAACAUGCUACUGAAUAUGGCAUCCACUGGAAUUUCUUCAUGACUUUGGGGCUUUUGCCUAUAAUGUUGGGUAUUCUUGAUCCGAUAUUGAACAUAGUCCCCAGGUUCAUCGUUGCUCUUGCCAUUGGAUGCAUCUACGAAUGGACAUUGAACAAUACUGGCUUGCUUACCUUCAUUUUAGAUGAGUCCAACAGACAGGAGUCACUUUUUGCUAUGAAUAAAGAGGGGCUCUGGUCCUUUUGCGGGUACCUCAGCAUAUUCAUCUUUGGUCAAUCUUUUGGCUCCUUUGUUCUAACUUCAAAACCAACUCCAAAUAAUCUUUGGGGAUCAUAUGCCCGUGGCAAGGGAAACAAGUAUUUCACGGUCACGACAACUCAGGGCUUGGUAAUUAUGACGGUGAUCUCUCACAGCUUAUUCUACGUUGCAAGGGAAUCUUUUCACACGGGCUCGAUUUCUCGCAGAUUAGCGAAUCUUCCCUAUGUACUCUGGGUGGUCAGCUACAAUGCCGUAUUCUUGUUGGGCUACAACAUGGUUGAACGUUUCAUUGGACCUCUUAAGCUGACGGUGCUUGAUGCCAUCAACGCCAACGGCCUAGCGAUUUUCCUUUUGGCCAACUUGCUCACCGGGCUUGUCAACAUGACCAUCAACACAUUGGAAGUAAACGAGGCAAAAACCUACGCUCUUUUAAUUGGUUAUGCGCUUACAUGGACCUCAGUCGCUGUUGUGUUGCACAAGUUCAAGAUAUACAUCAAACUCUAA